CGGCGUGUGGGAGGGCGGGCGGCCGCGCGGCUCUGUUUUUAGUAGUAGCGCAAACAGCGCGGCGAGAGUGCGCGCGAGGGGAGCCGCACCGCACCGCACCGCGCCGCGGCGGGGAGCCACGCUGGCCAUGGCUGUCUCCGCGCCGCCCGUCAUCGCCGCAACUUCCAGCGGCGGCGCGGGGGGCUCGGCGGGCUUGUUCCGGGCGGACCCGCUCUACUCCAGCCCCGCCGAGUCCCCGCGCCUCACCAACAGCCUCGUCAACACUUUCCUCUCCGGCGGCGGCGGCGGCGGGGCCGGCGCGGGCGGCGGGGGCGGCGGCAACGAGUGUAAGAUGGUCGACCUGCACGGGGUGAAGGUGGCCUCGUUCCUCGUGGAGGGGCAGGAGCUGAUCUGCCUGCCGCAGGUCUUCGACCUCUUCCUCAAGCACCUGGUGGGAGGGCUGCACACGGUCUACACCAAGCUGAAGCGGCUGGAUAUAUCGCCCGUGGUGUGCACGGUGGAGCAGGUCCGCAUCCUGCGGGGGCUGGGGGCCAUCCAGCCCGGCGUCAACCGCUGCAAGCUCAUCACCAGGAAGGACUUCGAAACUUUGUACAACGACUGCACCAACGCGAGCUCACGACCAGGAAGACCCCCCAAGCGUUCUCUAGGAGUUGCGAUACAAGAAAAUGCACGUCUUCUGCCCCAUGGAGUUCCAGGCCUCUUAUCACCAGGACUUAUCUCUCCGACAGGUCUGACAGCAGCUGCCAUGGCAGAGGCUAUGAAGUUACAGAAGAUGAAACUUAUGGCAAUGAAUAGCCUUCAUGGAAGUGGAAGUCAAAAUGGAACAGAAUCAGAAAAUGAAGAACUCAAUUCUAAUGCAGGUGGGAGUGAAUCAUCCUGGGAUAAAGAGAAACUUCAGUCUCCCAUUACAACAGGAUCACAGCACAGCAUUGGCCAUCCCACACUCUCCGGGCAAUCAAGCCUUGGAAGUGCUCAUCCACUCAGUCCUCUCCAGCAGAAUCACCUGCUCACCAACAGGAUAGAUCUGCCGUUUAUGAUGAUGCCGCACCCUCUGCUUCCCGUCAGCCUACCUCCCGCUUCGGUCGCAAUGGCAAUGAAUCAGAUGAACCACCUCAAUACGAUAGCUAACAUGGCUGCAGCAGCCCAAAUGCACAGUCCUCUUUCCAGGGCAGGGGCCUCUGUUAUAAAGGAAAGGAUUCAAGACAGCCCUUCUCCAGCUCCCUCUCUAGAAGACAGUCAGAGACCUGGGAGCCACGCGUCUUCACACCAGAGCAGUAGUGUGUCUAGCUCUCCUUCCCAGCUGGACAACACACCAGACAGAAUUGCUAUGCUGACCAACAGCAGAGAAGGAGAACUCAUUGAUCAAGAAACUGGAACCAGCCUAAAAAAAAUACAAAAGGAGAAAGAAGAGGUCCAAAUUGCCAUUCCAAUAAUGAAACCAACCUUAGAUAAAGUCCAACUGGCUGGACAGGCCUUGCCUCCUGGAUUUCCGGCGCCAUUUCUUUUUGCUGAUGGUCUUUCAUCAGUAGAAACGCUAUUAACCAACAUUCAGGGCCUACUGAAGGUGGCUGUGGACAAUGCCAGAGUCCAGGAAAAGCAGAUACAGCAGGAAAAGAAAGAGUUAAAGAUGGAGCUUUGUAGAGAGAGAGAACUAAGAGAGAGCUUGGAAAGGCAACUUACAGCUGAGCUGCAAAGCAGAGCAACAAUUCAGAAACGCUUGAAGAAAGAAAAAAAGGCAAAGAGAAAAUUGCAGGAAGCUUUGGAAUUUGAAUCAAAGAGAAGAGAACAAGUGGAACAGGCACUUAAACAGGCCACAUCAGGUGACGGUCUCAGGAUGUUAAAUGAUGCUGGAAUCCCAGAUAUGGAAAUAGAACACAACGGAACCCAACAUGACAGUGCAGCAAUGCAAGAAAACAGAACAUACAUCAAACCUACUAUUAUGUACUGAAGGAAACACCUAUUGUUGAAAAAUGUAUAAUGAUCACUAUUUGAAGACUAUAUAGUUCAUGAAAAACAUCCCUUCAAACCUUUGAUGCCUUCAGUACUGUGUGAAGAACAGGAUUUGUAGCAUGAAACUUGAAGGACAAUUUCAAGCAAUUUACUGUUGCUGCAUCGAAAACUGCCGUAUUGUCAUUAAGAAAUAUUGAGACUUUUUACAAGCUUACCAUACCAAACCAAGCCUGUUGCAACAGAUCAUUUUUAGGUCCCAGGAGAUAGAAAGGAGUUUUAGUAUUUUUAAGCACAUACAGGAAUUAUUCCCCUUCCCUCCCCCCCCCCCGCCCAAUAACUUUUUUUUUUCUAAGGAGGUAGCUAUUACUGUAUAGCAAUGGCACAAUGAUUUUAAGCCACAAAGGUCCUCACUGGCUGUACAUCAUACAAGUCCAGUUUAUCACUGAAACUGUUCAACAUGGAGCUGUUUCGAUUGUGUUUAUAAAUUAAGCUUUGUUUACUGAAGCAGAUAUUCGAUAUAUAUUACGUUUUAAAAAGAAAUGUGUGUACAUUUUUUAAAAGAAUGAUGUAAAAAUUGUCCUUUCAUUAGAUGACCAAUUCAAAAGUGUGAGCUAAACCCUAACAGCUGACGUAAUAUGAGGAUUAUAAUUGAUGCUUUUUUAUGCUCAGUUCAGCUUGGCUUUUGGUCUUUUAAGAUGAAAAAAAUGAAUAUGCAGUAGAGUGUUAGAUAAUGGAAACUUUUAAGUAUGGUUUCUCUGUUGUACCAUAUUAAGUUAAAGUACACAUUCUUUGUUAAAAAUGUUCUUGCUAAAAAUACAGUAUUAAAAUUUUUUUGUUUGACUUUGGAAAUCUUUUAA